UACAAUUACAAUGCUGCCCAAGAUGUUGAGCUGUCUUUGCAGGUUGGGGAUACCGUGCACAUUUUGGAAAUGUACGAAGGCUGGUACAGAGGAUACACACUCAGAAAUAAAUCUAAAAAGGGCAUUUUCCCAGAAACAUAUAUUUAUUUAAAAGAAGCAACAGUAGAAGACAGAGGGCAACAUGAGACGGUGAUUCCAAGCGAAGUGCCCCUUGUGCAAGAGCUCACUUCCACACUGAGAGAGUGGGCAGUUAUCUGGCACAAGCUGUAUGUGGACAACAAGACAACACAAUUUCGGCAUGUUCAGCAAAUGACCUAUAGCCUAAUAGAGUGGAGGUCACAGAUACUGUCUGGGACUCUUCCCAAAGAUGAACUGGCAGAACUCAAGAAGAAAGUCACUGCUAAAAUAGAUUAUGGCAACAGGAUCCUAGGGCUGGAUUUGGUGGUGCGAGAUGACAAUGGAAACAUCCUGGACCCAGAUGAAACCAACACUAUCACCCUCUUCAAGUCCCAUGAGACUGCAUCCAAAAGGAUUGAUGAGAGGAUCCAAGAAGAGAAGUCUGUGCAACAGAAUGUGGACUUACGGGGGAAGCCAGUAUUUAGUACAACACACACAUACAGUCUCUAUGUAAACUUCAAGAACUUCGUCUGCAACAUUGGUGAAGAUGCAGAAUUGCUUAUGAGCCUGUAUGAUCCUGACCAAUCCAAAUUUAUCAGUGAAAAUUACCUUGUUCGUUGGGGUAGCAAUGGGAUGCCAAAGGAAAUUGAGAAACUUAAUAAUCUCCAAGCAGUUUUUACAGACUUGAGCAGUUCUGACUUGAUCAGGCCUAAGAUCAGUCUGGUGUGUCAGAUUGUGAGAGUGGGGCAUAUGGAACUAAAAGAUGGGAAGAAACACACCUGUGGGCUCCGGAGACCGUUUGGUGUUGCAGUGAUGGACAUUACUGAUAUCAUACAUGGGAAAGUAGAUGAUGAAGAAAAGCAGCAUUUUAUUCCUUUUCAACAAAUUGCCAUGGAAACAUACAUCAGACAGCGACAGCUAAUCAUGUCCCCUCUAAUAACUUCCCAUGUGAUUGGAGAGAAUGAGCCUCUCACUUCAGUCUUCAAUAAAGUCAUUGCUGCAAAGGAAGUGAAUCAUAAAGGGCAAGGCCUCUGGGUUUCUUUGAAGCUGCUGCCUGGUGAUUUAGCCCAGGUUCAGAAGGAUUUUUCGCAUCUUGUUGACAGAUCAACAGCAGUGGCUCGUAAAAUGGGAUUCCCUGAGAUUAUUCUGCCUGGAGAUGUUCGAAAUGAUAUCUAUGUCACGCUAGUGCAGGGGGAGUUUGACAAAGGGAAGAAGAAGACUCCCAAGAAUGUAGAGGUCACCAUGUCUGUACAUGAUGAAGAUGGCAAUCUCCUAGAGAAAGCUAUCCAUCCUGGUGCUGGUUAUGAAGGUAUCUCUGAAUACAAGUCUGUUAUUUAUUAUCAAGUCAAGCAGCCUUGUUGGUAUGAAACAGUGAAGGUGUCCAUUGCAAUUGAAGAGGUCAGUCGUUGUCAUUUGAGAUUUACUUUCCGUCACCGAUCAUCACAGGAAUCCAGGGAUAAAUCAGAGAGAGCUUUUGGGAUGGCCUUUGUGAAGCUGAUGAAUGAAAAUGGAACAACACUGCAGGAUGGCAGACACAAUUUAGUCAUUUACAAGGGUGAUAACAAGAAAAUGGAAGAUGCUAAAUUCUACUUAACUCUUCCUGGCACAAAAGUGGAGAUGGAGGAGAAGGAUGGCCCCCCAGGCAAAAACCUACACCAUUUAGCCAGCUUCACACCCAGUAAAGAGAGCACAAAAGACAGCUUCCAGAUUGCCACCCUGAUCUGCUCUACUAAACUGACCCAGAAGGUUGAUUUGCUGGGUUUGCUGAACUGGCGUUCUAACUCUCGGAACAUAGCAUGCAACCUAAAGAAGCUGAUGGAGGUAGAAGGAGGAGAAAUUGUAAAGUUUUUACAGGAUACUCUUGAUGCACUUUUCAACAUAAUGAUGGAGAUGUCAGACAAUGAAACCUAUGACUUCCUUGUGUUUGAUGCACUGGUAUUUAUUAUUUCUUUGAUCGGAGACAUCAAGUUCCAGCAUUUUAACCCUGUACUUGAAACGUAUAUUUACAAGCACUUCAGUGCUACCCUGGCGUAUGUGAAACUCACCAAAGUACUGAACUAUUAUGUAGGAAAUGCAGAUGACUCCAGCAAGACAGAAUUGCUGUUCGCUGCUUUAAAAGCUUUGAAGUACCUGUUCCGAUUCAUUGUUCAGUCACGUAUACUCUACCUGAGAUUUUAUGGGAAAAGUGAAGAUGGGGAUGAGUUUAAUGAUGCCAUCCGCAAGCUGUUCCUCUCUUUCAAUAUCCUCAUGGACCAGCCGCUAGAGGAGGCUGUCAAAAUUAAGGGUGCAGCUCUGAAGUACUUACCGAGCAUUAUAAAUGAUGUCAAGUUGGUGUUUGACCCGGUUGAGCUCAGCGUUCUCUUCAGCAAGUUUAUCCAAAGUGUCCCUGAGAACCAGCUGGUUCGUCAAAAGCUCAACUGCAUGACCAAGGUAGUGGAGAGUGAUCUGUUUAAGCAGUCAGAAUGCAGAGAUGCGCUUCUGCCUCUGCUGAUAGAUCAGCUAAGUGGCCAGCUGGAUGACAAGUCAAAUAAGCCUGACCACGAAGCCUGCGCACAGCUUCUUAGCAACAUGCUAGAAGUGCUAGAUCGGAAGAAUGUGGGGCCUACUGCAGUUCACAUCCAACUGAUCAUGGAACGUCUGCUAAGGAGAAUAAACCGGACAGUGAUUGGAAUGAGCAGACAGUCUCCACAUAGCGGUAUUUUUGUAGCUUGCAUGACAGCCAUCCUGAGACAGAUGGACGAUUUCCAUUAUAACCACUACAUCAGCAUUUUCAAAACCAGACAAGACAUUAUCGACUUCCUCAUGGAAACCUUCAUUAUGUUUAAGGAUCUGAUUGGAAAGAAUGUCUAUGCACAUGACUGGAUGGUCAUGAACAUGAUGCAAAGCAGGGUUUUCCUUCGAGCUGUGAACCAAUUUACAUCUGUACUCAACCGGUUCUUUCUGGACCAGGCAAACUUCGAACUUCAGCUGUGGAACAGUUAUUUCCACUUGGCAGUAGCUUUUCUCACUCAUGAAUCCCUCCAGCUAGAGAACUUCUCACAAGCCAAACGCAACAAAAUUAUCAAGAAAUAUGGGGACAUGAGGAAAGAACUUGGCUUCAGAAUAAGGGAUAUGUGGUACAACCUAGGCCCUCAUAAGAUCAAGUUCAUCCCAUCGAUGGUAGGUCCAAUCCUGGAGGUAACCCUUACUCCUGAACCAGAGCUGCGGAAGGCGACUAUCCCCAUUUUCUUCGACAUGAUGCAAUGCGAGUUCAACUUUAGUGGGAACAGAAACUUCCAUAUGUUUGAAAAUGAGCUGAUAACCAGACUGGACCAAGAAGUUGAAGGGGGUCGAGGGGAUGAGCAGUACAAGGUUUUGCUGGAGAAACUCCUGCUGGAACACUGCCGGAAGCAUAAGUAUCUGUCAAGUUCUGGAGAGGUGUUUGCUUUACUAGUCAGUAGUCUGUUGGAAAACCUAUUGGACUACAGGACCAUUAUGAACGAUGGAAGUAAAGAGAACCGCAUGAGCUGCACUGUCAAUGUUCUGAAUUUUUAUAAGGAGAAGAAACGAGAGGACAUAUAUCUCAGGUAUUUAUAUAAACUCCGGGACUUGCACAGAGACUGUGAGAACUUCACAGAAGCUGCAAACACUCUCCUUCUCCAUGCAGAGCUUCUCCAGUGGUCUGAUAAGCCAUGUGCCCACUACCUGCUGCAGAAGGACAGCUAUUAUGUCUACUCACAACAAGAACUCAAGGAGAAACUCUACCAGGAAAUUAUCUCUUAUUUUGACAAGGGCAAGAUGUGGGAGAAAGCAAUCCAGCUAAGCAAAGAAUUGGCCAACAUGUAUGAGGACAAAGUAUUCGAUUAUCAGGGGCUUGGUCAUCUUUUGAAAAAACGAGCUACAUUUUAUGAGAAUAUUAUAAAGGCAAUGAGACCUCAACCAGAAUAUUUUGCUGUUGGCUACUAUGGACAGGGUUUCCCUUCCUUCCUUCGGAAUAAAAUCUUUAUCUACCGUGGCAAAGAAUAUGAACGGAGGGAAGACUUCAACCUGAAAUUACUGACCCAGUUGCCAAAUGCUGAAAAGAUGACCAGCACCGCACCCCCAGGAGAGGAGAUCAAGUCUUCUCCGAAACAGUAUGUGCAGUGCUUUAUAGUGAAGCCUGUGAUGAACCUGCCACCAAACUAUAAAGACAAACCUGUUCCUGAACAGAUUUUAAAUUACUACAGAGCCAAUGAGGUGCAGCAGUUCACAUAUUCCCGGCCAUUCUGGAAAGGAGAAAAGGAUCCUGAGAAUGAAUUUGCAACUAUGUGGAUAGAAAGAACAAUGUACACAACUGCCUACUCAUUCCCAGGCAUCCUUAAAUGGUUUGAAGUCAAACAGAUUACAACGGAAGAGAUAAGCCCCUUGGAGAAUGCCAUUGAAACUAUGGAGUUAACCAAUGAGAAGAUCAGCAACAGUGUCCAGCAGCAUGCCUGGGACCGGGCCCUUCCUGUGCACCCACUCUCCAUGCUUCUGAACGGCAUUGUGGACCCAGCUGUCAUGGGUGGAUACACCAAUUACGAAAAGGCCUUUUUCACAGAGAAGUAUGUCCAAGAACACCCUGAAGACAAUGAUAAAAUUGAAUUGCUUAAACAAUUAAUUGCUUUACAGAUGCCACUGCUAGCAGAAGGGAUUAGGAUUCAUGGUGAGAAACUGACUGAGCAGCUGAAGCCCCUGCAUGACAGACUGACAUCCUGCUUCAAAGAGCUGAAGAAGAAGGUGGAGAAGCUCUAUGGUGUGAUAACUCUGCCUUCUUCCUUUACUGAGCGGAAGCAGAGCAGGUCGGGCUCUGUAGUGCUGCCCUACAUCAUGUCUUCCACACUGAGACGGCUGUCUAUCACAUCCGUGACUUCCUCUGUAGUCUCAACAUCCUCCACCUCAUCUGAGAGCACCUCCUCCAGGCCAGGAUCAGAUGGAUCCAUUCUUGAGCCUCUCUUGGAAAGAAGAACUUCAACUGCUUCCAGGUCUGAGGAGCUGCCUGUCAAAGAAGAUGGUGAUAGCCGGAUCAACAAGUUCAAGCGGAAGGACUGGAGUAUUAGCAAGUCUCAGGUUAUUGUGGAAAAGGAGCCAGACAAUGACUUGACUUCCGAAAUGUGCGCGUCGGGAAAAGCGCAGAGGCCAAAGAGUCUUCAAUUAGGAGACAACAGAUUGACACUGCUUCAGGAUUCCUCACUCCAGCAGUCAGCACCACUCAGUCCACCAGCGAUCACUCCCAAAACCCUGAGAACCCAAAGUUUUCCCUCACUGCAGGCUGAUGGACUGGCAGCUGCUAACUUUCAGAGCACCCCACCCCCACCUCCACCCAAAAGCAAACCCUAUGAGAAUAGCAACCCAAGAAAUUCUACGGAGGUUGCCCCACCACUGCCCAGCAGACGUGAAGUCAAACCUCCCCCUCCACCUCCGAAGGCAAGAAAAUCCAGCGUCCUCUCUUCUGAGCAGGGACUGCAAUGAGGAUUAGCACUCUUCUGCAUGCUCUUUAGCACCUUGAUUGAAAUGGCUGCUUUCUUUUUAUUGACAUGUGUUGGGUUUCUCCAGCUAUAAAGAUGGGCAAUUUGGCUUUCCUUUCCUGUCCCUUCCCUGGAAGUUUUCCUGUAGGUAAUUGCAAAAUAAGCCGUUUGAACUAAGUAUAUUUUAAAUUUCCAACCUUCCAAUUUUACCUACACAAUUGAGGCACUAACCUUUGGAGAAUCUCCCAGUUUUAAAAUGGAGGCUAUGUGAGCAGGAGCUAAGAAACUGCUCAGGCUGGUUUUCUUGUUUUUUGCCACUAAUAUGAAUUCAGCAGCGCCAGCAUCUAGAGCUGCUCCACUGGUACAAAACAUGACGUGCAUCAGUGUGCACAUCAAGGUAAGUCGCAUCAGUGCAAUACCUUCUGUAUAUUUUUGCUGCAUGUGUACAUUACAGCCUCACAAUUGUGCAGCUACAAUGGUGCAAAAACCGAAAAUGUAGAAAAGCCUUAAUUCAUAUGAAAUGGAUGGCAGCCUUCCCUAUCUGCAAAAUGCAGCCCAUCAAGGCAGCAGGUGUCUGCAUGGGAUGCCAUGACUCCAUUCAAGUUGCUUCCUGGAGUUUUGAUUGCAUGCCGAGAUCUAAUGGAAGCAUCAACUGAGCAUCACCUGCCUGAACCAGGCAUUGCUGUAGAUCACUCCUGUGUUUUAAGAAUGAUGGGAGAAUUGCCAGUCCUGCUCCAAAAAUAGAGGUAGCUCACUCCCAAUGGAGAGUACAGGUUCACCACUUCUCUUCAUACUUUGGCUGUUGAUUGUUCACUUAAUACUGCAGUGCAGUUGAAGCUUGCCUUGAAUGCUGCUGUCUACCAACCUGUACGCACACUGGGACUUUGUACACCAUUUAGUUGAUUUUAACAACUAAGUAGUGGUGUAAGUUUUCACUCCCAUGACACAAAUUACUUUAGGAUCAGCUGAGGUGAAGUUGUUAUAAGCAUCUCAUGAAGAUGACUGGGGUGGGGGGCAGGGAUUAUGGGGGCAAGGCUGUACAUUAUGAAUUUUGAAGUUAGCAGAUGCAAAAGUGGGCUUGGAAGAAUGUGAAUUAAACUCUUGACCAAAAAGCUUCAAAUCCAGGUGGUCACAAAUACACUUCCCUUUACAGCACCCAAUUAUUGCAACACUCCGACCACUGUGCCUUUUUGUCCUGCAGUUUACAUUGUGCUUUGUCUGCUAAACACCUGACCAAACUA